UAAUCAUUACAUUUUACUAUAUAUAUUGAUUCAAAUAAGCUUAUCUGUAGCUCCUUACAUUGGGGAGUCAUAUGGUAUACACCAUACACUUGCCUAAAAUGUGCCAUGAAUUCUGCAAAGUGUAUGAAUUCUGUUCUCCUAUAAGAAACCACACUCACCUAAGUCAUUGAGAGCACAUAAGCAAGAAAAUGUAUCUAAAACUAGCAGUGUUGUUUGUAAUUCUCUCUUUUCAUGGUAAUGUUUCAAUGGCCUCAGAUCCUGAUCCAAUUCAGGAUUUCUGCAUACCAAGUCCAAAUUUUCAUUCCGUAAGACCUGCCAGGUUCACCACUCUCCAUUGCAAAAAUGUCACAGAAGCGACCACAGAUGAUUUUGUUUUUUCAGGCAUGAAAGAAGCCGGAAACUUCUCCGAAACCGGAAUUGCCAUAAUUCCUGUCAACCCUUCUCUUUUUCCUGGCCUUAACACACUAGGUAUGUCAUUUGCAAGAGCUGAUCUUAAGGCUGGUUCUGUUAACCCUCCACAUUUUCAUCCAAGAGCAACAGAAAUCGCAUAUGUUGUGCAUGGAAGGGUUUAUUCAGGCUUUGUGGAUUCGACUAAUCGAGUUUUCGCAAGAGUACUCAAGCAAGGAGAGGUCAUGGUGUAUCCAAGAGGGUUACUGCACUUCCAAAUGAAUGUUGGUAAGAAACCUGCAACCAUUUUUGGGAGUUUCAAUAGCCAAAAUCCAGGAAUGCAAAAAAUCCCAUCUGCCAUUUUUGGGUCUGGGAUUGAUGAAGAGCUCUUGGAGAAGACUUUUGGGUUGAGUCCUAAGCAGAUUGGAAUGAUGAGAAGAAGGUUUGACCCAAAAAGUACUGUGUAAGGGCACACAGAAGAAGCACUACAUUUUUUUUUUGCAGUUUGUCACUGUACUAUCAUUUCUUGGUUUCUGCACCAGUUGUGUGGUUGGUUGUUAUUCAAUAGACAAGGUUCUCCAAGAGUUUUUCUUUCAGUCAUGAGGAAACUCUAUCCGUUCUUCCU